AUGGAGUCUGAUAACUGUAACGACACUCAGAAGAGUAAAUCGACAGCUUCUGAAAGCGAAGAUGAUAUUGAGUUCCUUGGAGAAGAACCUUUAAGACCUGUACUUGAAUGCAUUGAUCUCAUCAGCAGUGAGGAUGAAGAACCUAGCAGCAGUUCUUAUGUUCACAGAAAUACUAAGCGUAAAGAUCACAUUGACUAUCAGAAAGAACGAGUUGCAUCAACCUUGGAUCGCCUGGCACGCCAUGUUGAAGUAGAGAAACGACAAAAAGAAGAGAAAAACAAAGCCUUUAAGGAGAAACUUGAUUCCCAGUACGCUCAUGGGUUGCAAGAACUAGAAUUUAUUCGGGAACGCGGUGAUACAGAGGCCGCAAGAUUAUGCGUGGACCAGUGGUUAAAGAUGCCCGGUCUCAAACCAGGCACCAUUAACAGUGGAAAUAGGGGUGUUUAUAAGAGGAUGGGUCAGGCACAAGUCAAGAGCAGUCCCAUCUCUUGUCCUGUGAUGCAUUGCAACAGGGAGUUUGACAACAGACAUCUUCUCCUAGGCCACCUUCAAAGGUUUGAUCAUUCUCCAUGUGACCCAACAGUCACAUUACAUGGACCCCCAAACAAUACUGUUGCCUGUGUGAUAUGCUGGAACAGAUUUUCAACCUCCCAGCAGUACAGCGAUCAUCUGUUAUCUAAGCUAAAUGAAAAUGAUGGACAUAAAAAAGAUCUCCCUCCACAGCAUAUUCAGUGUUUCGCAUGCCCAGUCUGCUUCCUUCUUUUCACCACAACAGAGGAAUGCUUGCAGCAUAUGUCGGAAAAGAACCACUUCCUCCAGGUUUCCAAAUUCAGUGAUGAAAUGAAGGCUGGCCUUCCUCUACCUUUCCCAUCCUAUGCAAAGAACCUUCUGAUAUCUCUGUGCAAAGAGGUCCCCUUCCAAGUGAAAUGUAUAUCCUGCUACCAGAUCCUACGCUCGCAUAUGGAAUUAACAGCUCAUUUCAGAACACAUUGUCGUAAUUCUGGACCCGUGGCACUGUCAAAGAAGAGUAUCUCCCAAGUUGCGGAGAUAUUUAAUACAAAAGGACACUGUGAGAGCUGUGAUAAACUGUUUGCUGAUCAAAAUCAGAUCACCCAGCAUAAGCAAACCACUCAACAUAAUAUUAAAGUUUUUACUACAAUGGAAGAGUCCAUCCUGAUGUUCUGUCAUGUCAAUGGAAAAAAUAAAAACCAGUCUCAUUUGUGUCAUAUGGUGGAUCGGUCAAGACCGCUGCUUAAAAGACCUUUGACUUCAAAUGAGUCUGUUGGUGAAAGGGAGUCUGCUACUUCAGAAUGGAAGAGCAAUUUCAAAGAUAAACAUGAAGAUCAUGUCACAAACCAAAGUCAAGAUAAUGCUUGCAAAGUAAAAGCCUGGUUUUGUGAAUGCCUUCAAAAGUUUUUUACCGAAGAGUCAGUAGAAAAGCAUAUUUUAUCAGCGAACAGGAUCUGUCACAAGUGUGCUGUGUGUGGAAAGCUUGCUGAAAAUUCAAGCAUUAUCCGCCUGCACAUGAGUCGGUUCCACGGGGGAGCGCACUUGACUAAUUUUCUCCUGUGGUGCAGAGCGUGCUCUGUAGAUCUCAGAGAAGAGGAUAUUAUGGGACACGUGACUGAAUUUCAUGGUGGACAUAGUUACUAUUACGAGCAAGAAGCUCUAGAAGAUGAACCUUUGCCAUCUGCUUCUGCUGGAGCGUAUGUUGCUGCAGGUGAAAGGCAAGACCGCGUUCCUAGUCCUAUGGACCUCUCCCCUGAAAAAAGGCCCGUUCUGGGAAAAUGGCAGUGCCGCAUCUGUGAGGAGAUGUUUGAGUCCGAAGAGAGCGUUAAGCAACAUUGCAUGUCCUUGGAAAGCCAUGCGUUUCACAGAUACUCUUGUGGCUUAUGCAGAAAUCACUUUCGGAAAGUAGGAACGCUGCAGCGACACUUUCGGGAGCAUCAUAACGAGGAGAUACAGACUAAAUACUUCUGUGGCCUUUGUGGUAAUCUCUUCUUUGACACAGAAGAAGAAUUCUUAAGCCAUUAUAAAGAGAUUCACAGUGUGGACUAUGCAUUUGUGCCAGAGCAGAUGGAACUAUCAAUAAAAAAAGAGGAGGACUUCCUCCCAGUAGAAAAAGGAGACUAUUUAACCUGUGGUUGCCGGACAACUUACGUCUCCAGAAUAAACAGGAGGAACGAUUAUGUGAAUUGCCAGAAAGCCAUGCUGAAAAAAGGGAAUUUAUGGUUUCGAUGCUGCUUCUGUUCUGCAACUGCACAGAAUUUUCAUGAUUUGAACAGUCAUCUCAACAGUCACACUUCACUGAAACCUAAGGAAGAGAUGUAUGUUGUUAGAUGUGCUGCGUGCAACAAAAACUUCCACGAUCUUCAGAGUGCGCAUCAGCACUAUCACAUGAAACACUGCUUCUUGCAGAAACCUGAUCUAUCAAGUUUUUCACCAGAAUCGGAAGAUACAGUAUUCAAGUUCACAGCAAGUGGGGCUUGUGUGGACAGAAAACCUCACAAGCUAAAAUUUCAAGCAUCUCCAUCCAGGACUCAGGAAAGACCACAGUCUCCCCUGCAGGGACCAACCCAAGGAAAGAAAUUUAAAAAAGAGAACUCACCACAAGCUGAAGAAUCUGGUGAAGAUGGUGAACUUCCUGAUCUUGACUACCUGAGUACCAUGACUCACAUUGUGUUGAUGGAUCUGGACAACUGGGGAAGCUUAUUCACGCAGCUGCCAGCUAGCCUGAACCAAGGGACAUUUAUCUGGGGCUUUCAAGGAGGAUACAGCAACUGGAAACCUCCAGUGCAGUGCAAAAUUUACAAUUAUCUUAAGAGGAUUGGAUGCUUCUUUCUUCAUCCACGCUGUGGUACCAGAAGAGAAGCAGCAGACUUUGCUCUCUGUGUUCAUGCUGGUCGUCUGGAUGAACACCUGCCCAAGCAAAUUCCUUUUACUAUCCUUUCUGGAGACAAAAGCUUCCUGGAACUGGAAACUCAAUUUAAGAUGACCCAGCGGUCAGCUCGCAUCCUAAAUCCUCACCACGUUGAAGGAGACAUGAUGUGUGCCUUGCUAAACAGCAUUUCUGAUACCACAAAAGGUUCAGAUAGUGAAGAGGAUGAAGAUAUCAAACUAACAAUGAAGAGGAGCUUAGAAGAAACAAAGAAACAGGAAGAGCAAGAUGCAGAACUGGAAGAAGCUAUCAAGAGAAGCCUUGAGGAUAUGUAAAUGAAGAUACGUCACUAUACUAACACCAUUUCAUCAGAGCUUGCUCACAAAAAUGGAAACUUGUUCAUUUGCUUACAAAGAUUCAGAAAUACCCCUUCAAAAAUACAUCUGUAUCUUGAAUUGUUAGAUUUAUGAUCUGAUGUCCUUUGUCAUGCUGAUGAACAGCUGGAGUUUAUAGAUAUCUGCUGCAAUAUAUUGUGUAUGAUAAAAAUAAUUUUUUAAGCC